GAUUUGGGAAAGAGAAUGUCAGGCCCACCCGGUCCCCCAGGACCUCCUGGACUUGAUGGACUGCCUGGCUACAAUGGAUCAGAUGGAGCCCCAGGUGUACCAGGACAAAAGGGAGAACCAGGAAUAAAUGGAAAAAGAGGAAAAAUAGGUGUCCCAGGACCAAAAGGUGAUCAAGGACAGAAAGGAGAACCUGGAGAAAUGGGUUUCCCUGGCAAGGACGGUAUGCCAGGAGGAAAAGGUGCAAGAGGAGCAAAGGGUGAAAAGGGAGAUGCGAACAAUGAUGUGAUAUUAGAAGGUGCAAAAGGUGAACCUGGACCACCAGGGCCUCCUGGACCACCUGGACCCCCAGGGCCUCCGGGAAGACGUAAAGGUAAAGCACAGCUUCAGGAGAGCAUAUACAGCAGCAAAUGCACAGGCGAGACAUGUGCUGUACCAAAUGAUGACACCCUGGCUGGAAGAGCUGAAGACAGAGCCCCUGGUCCUUCAAAAAAAGCUGAAUGUGUCAUAACAUCUGUAGGAAGUCCUGUUCACUUUGGCAGUGUACAGCAAACGUUUGGAACUUGGAUGCGGGAACCUGCCAAUAUAAGUGAUGAAAGGAUUUGGCUUACCAUGCAUUUUUCAGGAAACUCUGUAAAAGAAUAUGAGAAUUACAAUGCCUUGCUGAAUGACAGCUACAGGGUCAUUAACAUCACAGGAUUCUUUUACGGAUGUGGUCAUGCAGUACAAAACAAUCAUCUGUACUAUCAAGAGGGAGGAACCAACGUCAUUCUGAAAUUCGGGCUUGAUAAAGCAUCGCUGGGCAGACUGCCGAUUAAAAAUGCCUUGUAUCAUGGCCGUAACUACCUCUUUUCUAACUCGAAGACGUAUUUCAAUGUAGCAGUGGACGAGAAGGGUCUUUGGAUUAUAUAUGCCUCAAGCACUGAUGAAAAUAUCAUAGUAGCACAUAUUGACGAAGAAACAUUUUCCGUCAUCCGUUACAUCAAUACUACAUAUCCCAAGUCCAAGGCUGGUAACGCGUUCAUAGCGUGUGGCAUUAUGUAUGUCACUGAUACCAAGGAUAUGACAGUAAGUUUUGCUUUUGACUUAUUGAAAGAGCAGCAGAUUGAUACAAGGUUUAAGUUGCGGUCUUCACAGUCUGUUCUUGCUAUGCUUUCAUACAGCCUAAGAGAUAACCGUUUGUAUACGUGGGAGAAUGGGAGCUUAAUGGUAUACUCUGUACAUUUUGGCAGAUGAAUGUAUUUAAAAGUGUCACGUACUGGAGCCAUGUUUGACUGAAUAAGAUUAUUUAAAGCUACGUGAUAUACACAGGGGGGGUCCCUUGGUAUAAUUUUCUGUUCACUGAGGGUGGUUUGUGAGUGUGCAGGAAAGGGAGAUCAGACGCCUUUGUACGAACACCCUUCAGUUAUAUAGGCCAUCCUCAUCUUUUUUAAAAGAGUAGCUGUUCAAUAUUGCAGCUGCAACACAGCACAGACUUGCUUUUGUUUUUCCCCUGUUAUUCAGCUGAUAAUUACAUCUAAUGUACAUUGAUUAUUCCAUAGUCAUGUGCUCAGCAGAGACUAUUUAUAACUUUCAGUAGCAAUCAUCUUAUCUGCAAUCAUUUUCUAGUUAGUGAUUAUGGUCUAGUACAAAUGUCUAAAUAAUGAACUUCUGUCACAAAUACCUUUGUCACUUUCACUUAAUACUUUCCACUGAUUCCCUGUGAACUUUUUUUUUUUUUUUUUGAACAAAGAUAUACAGCUGUUAAAAAUAAUUGGGAUGGAAAUAGUCGUUUAAAUAGAAAAAAAGCAGAAAAUUUCAAAUUCGACAAGUCCGGUGAACUGUUACAUAAUCAAAAGCAAAAUCCAGCCCAAGUACAAGGAAAAUGGGAAUAAUGGCAUUAUUGAAUAUACAUGAAAUUGUGUUGAGUAAAUGGAGCGUGGGAAGACACGUAAUGAGGUAUAAAAUUGAAGAUGUAAAACUUAUGAUUAAAAUUCCCUUUUUAACAGUGUUUGAGUUGCUUGUGUUGCUGCAGACUCCUCCUUGCCCCUCACUGCCACGUAAACUCUGUGCUUGUAAACACACUGUAUUAUAGUAAGGUACAUAUCUAAAAAAUUUUCCCCAUGUUCAUCCAUGCAAAUGAAAACAUAAACUUUUUUUUUUUUUUUCUUUUUUCUGCUGUUAUUGGAGAAAUAAAAUAUCUGGAGCAGGAA